AUGGCCUCUAGCGGCUUCGAGUCCACCAUGGGCAUCGUGGACACCAACCGCUCCGUGAAGCUGGACCCGAGCGUGCAGCACAUUCCGCUGGACCCGGCGCUGCGUCAUCUGCGGCCGCCGCCGCCGCGCGUGCCGGACGACGCCAAGCUCUUCGUUGGGCUCUCGGUCUUCCGAGACGGCUACCGCUGUGCCACGACCAUCUUCACUGGCUUCACGCGGGCCUCAAACCCGCAGAAUAUCAUCUUCGGGGUGGUGGACCAAGUGUACCCAUCGGACCAAAAAUGUGUGGACGAGUAUUGUAUCCUGGCUCAAAAAGAGUGGGGCGAGUGCCGCUACCGGGGCCAAAUUCGCGUCGACGAGCGCUCGGCGUACGAUUCCAGGGGCCCGACGCUAGCGAGACACCAGCAGCAGAAUUUGAUCCGCGACGAGGAGUUUUGUCUGCAACUGGACGGCCACAGCAUCUUCACGAAUGGGUGGGACCAAAAUUUGCUCCAAGAGUGGACGGGUAUCGGCAACGAGAUGGCCGUCAUGACGACGUACAUCCACCACAUCCACAACUUUGUGGCGGACAAUGGCGACAACGUGCCCACCAAGAACCUGGACAUGCCGCAUUUGUGCACCACCACGAGGGGGGCGAAUGGACUGGUGAGGACCGUCGGCGCCAGUAUGAUCGGCAAGUCCAAGAUCCCGCAGCUCGAGGCUCUGUGGGGCGCGGGUUUCUCGUACAACAAGUGCCACGCCGAGAAGAGGGUGCCGGUGGAUUCACACACGCUGUGGGUCUUUGACGGCGAGGAGUUCCUGCGCGCGUCGAGGCUGUGGACGCAUGGGUACGACAUGUACUCACCCAGUAAGCUUGGGUCGGUGGUCUACCACAACUAUACCUCCGUUCCAGCGCGGUUCGAAGGGAUCCCAGUGGACCAAAAACUUAAGGACCGCGAGGAAGAGAUGGGGAUUAAUCGGUUUAAGGUGUUGAUGGGUCAGCCGUUCGAGGGGCGGGUCAGCACCGUUGAGUUGGACAAGUACAGCUUCGGCAACGUCCGGUCGUUCAAGCAGUAUUUGGAGUUCUCC